CAUCGUUGAUUUGUCACCUGAGGCGGGAGUCAAACACACGCAACUUUUUUCUUUUUUUUGACUUUCGAUGACGCGCUUUGGAAAAGAGCGGAGCAGAAGAUAGUGUGUAGGGAGACUGAUGGAGCGACCUUGUCUCCACUGGUGGGAUUGUCCAAUAAUACACGACUUAGGCUCGGUUUCACCCCUGACACUGAGCGUGCAUUAAGGUAUAUUUUGUUCUAUUAUAUGGCUGAGAAUAGUCGCGAAAUCUUCUGCAUGCGUUUUGCUGGUGAGUGCCUUCAUGUUUUAUAUUAGUUUGAUUCAAACUCAGACUGUGAUUCCUCUCUAGGCUGUGAUGAUCCUUAUCCGAGCUCAGCACUCCAGUUGAGACCCGCUGCAGCGUUUAGUUUUAUGAAAUGCUAUAGAGUCCUAAUUGUGAAGAUGUGUUUCUGUUUACAAAGAAGAUUCAGCCUUUUCAUCUUCAUACAGAGAAUUUAACACAAUCUAUCAAAAACCAUCACAGAUUUUCACAAUUGUUCAUUUGUCAGAUUAAACAGAUUUUAAAUACUAGUCAUUCCAAACCACAAAAAGAGUGUGUGUCCUGAGACAUGGGGGAAUCCAAUAUCAGCCACAUAGUAGCACCUUAUACAGAGAUGCAGGGCAAGUUGGAUCAUUACCUGGACAACUAUGAUCUGGACUAUGGCAUCCCUCCUGAUGAGAUCCCAGACACCACCCAGGGCCAGGCCUUCUUUGUGGCUACCAUCGUUAUAGGUGUGGUGCUUGUGUGUAUCAUGCUUGUCUGCGGAUUGGGAAACUUCAUAUUUAUUGCCACGCUGACACGCAACAAAAAACUCCGCAACCUCACCAACCUGCUCAUUGCCAACCUGGCCAUCUCAGACUUCAUUGUGGCAGUGGUGUGCUGCCCAUUCCUGGUAGACUACUAUGUUGUAAAACAGCUUUCCUGGGAUCACGGAUUGGUGCUGUGUGCUUCUGUCAACUAUCUCCGAACUGUGUCGCUCUACGUGUCCACAAAUGCUUUGCUUGCAAUUGCAGUCGACAGGUACAUGGCUAUAGUCCAUCCUCUGAGGCCCCGUAUGAAGUACCAAACCGCCUACUGCCUGAUAACUGGAGUCUGGAUUGUUCCUAUUCUGAUAUCAAUUCCCUCUGCCUACUUUGCCUCUGAGACCAUGUACCCCCAUGGUGGCACCAUCCCAGUCACUCACAAGGUUUUCUGUGCUCAGAUCUGGCCUGUGGAGCAGCAGGCCUACUACCAGUCCUACUUCUUAUUUGUUUUUGCUGUGGAGUUUGUUGGGCCUGUGAUUUUCAUGGCAAUGUGUUACGCCCAAAUUUCCCGUGAGCUGUGGUUCAAGAAUGUCCCGGGUUUUCAGACAGAACAGAUAAAAAAGAGGCUGCGUUGUCGCCGCAAGACAGUGAUGGUCUUGAUUGGUAUUUUAACAGCGUACAUCCUGUGCUGGGCGCCAUAUUACGGCUUCACCAUCCUCAGAGACUUCCAUCCAACACUCAUCUCCCGCCAAAAGAACUCGCUGGUGGCCUUCUACAUCAUUGAGUGCAUUGCUAUGAGCAACAGCAUGAUCAAUACUUUCUGUUUUGUCAGUGUCAAGAACAACACAGUUAAGUACCUGAAGAAGAUAGCACUGGUGCGCUGGAGGUCAAAGUAUGCACCCAGUAAGACUGUGGAUGAGAUGGAUAUAAUGAUCUCCACCAUGCCUGUAACAGAAGAGAUCGAAUGUAUCCAUCUGAGGUGAAGAGAAGAAACUCAUUUAGCAGUCACUGAGAUUUGGACUAUUGAUGUACAGAAAGAUACAACACUACAGUUGACAGCAAUGGUUUGGCAUGCAACCUUUCUCUCAUGUUUAAGUCAUAUCAUAUAUCAUAUCAUAUCACAUGUAGCACAAGAAAAGGAUUAAAUUGAUUAAGCAACAUAUCGUAGCUCAGUCUUUGUUAGUCAGCAGUACAUACAGUAGGCUACUUGUGUUUGAAGUAUUAUAACAAUGGAAUCGCUGUGUAUCCUGUGACUAUACACUGUGUAUUGUGAAAUGUUGUGCCAUAGUGUGUUUAUAUGAUCUACAUGCAUUACACAGAAAGCUGCUGCAGCCCACGUGGUGAUAAAUACCUCUAGUGCACAUAUAUAAUAUCUGUAUUGCCUGUAUCUGACAUGUUAAAUUGUAAGGUCAAGUUACUAAAGAAAUCCUUUCAUUGACUAUUGCUUGUGUAUGUACAUUUUAGUUUUGCAUUGCAUUUAGUCAUUUUUUUCAACAGUCAUUUUGUGAAAUGAUUGAGAAGGUCCCUCUGAAAAACCAACAAAGACAUAUUGGAGCCUUUUGAAAAUCGUAAAGUGUUUCUUCUUGUUUGCAAUUGAAAACAAUCAAUACAUUUGCUUUCUUUGUAGAUGAAU